GGAGGGCCUCAGUUUCCCACCAGCUGUGGGUCACAGGCUCCCACAGUUCCCUGUCACAGGGGCCCUUCCCCUGGGCUGCCCACAACAUGACAGCACCUUCCUCAGAGCAGCCCAGGAGAAGAGCUGAAGAGAGAAGCUGCAGCCUUUCCUAAGCUCACCUGGACGUAUCCUGCUGUCUGCGUCCAUUUGCAUUGCCACAAAGGAAAACCCGAGGCUGGGCAACAGAUCAAGAAAGAGGUUUAUUUGGCUCACAGUUCUGCAGGCAGCACCAGAAGCGUGGUGCCAGCAUCUGCUCCUGGAAAGAGUGCAGGCAUGUGUACUACCUGCUAGAGAAGAACCGGGUUCCCUAGGCUCAAGGGUCCUCCCUGUAACGGACCCACUGCAUGUGCAGGUGCUGUUUGCCUUCUUCCUGAACCCCUGAAGGGAGUGGAGCCCAGGAUACCGGUGCAGAAAUGCCAAUACCCCAGCUACGGCUGUUGCUGACAUAGCAAACAAGUUUUUUCCGGACCUGAGCGGUCCCUGGUUUGGUUGGAUGGGAAGAGGAGCACCUUGUCUUCAUGGAGCAGGUUCCAGGGAAUGAUGUACAGCCGGAGAAGCAGGUGCUGCUGCCUCGCUUGCUGGAAGGGAGCCCGUCAGAGCGGCCAGGCUUUUGCUUCAUUGGCGCAGACUCUGUGUAUGAGAGAUGGAGUCUUCCUACUGGAAGUAUGGCUGAUGCUCCAAAGGAGGGAAGACUGACCCGGUUUCUGGACUUCACCCAGCUGACGGACAUGGCAUCUGAGUCUGUAGGAGGAAAAAUUUUAUUUGCAACAGAUGACUUUUUUGCUCCUGCAGAAAACCUCAUAAAGAGUGACAGCCCGUGCUUUAAAGAGCAUGAAUAUACGGAGUUUGGGAAAUGGAUGGAUGGCUGGGAGACCAGGAGGAAAAGGAUUCCAGGUCACGACUGGUGCGUCCUCAGUCUGGGGAUCCAAGGAGUCAUCCGGGGCUUCGACGUGGACGUUUCUUACUUCACGGGAGAUUAUGCUCCUCGAAUGUCGAUUCAAGCAGCAAACUUGGAAGAAGAUAAACUACCAGAAAUCCCAGAAAGAGGAAUCAGGACAGGAGCUGCAGCCACUCCCGAGGAGUUUGAAGCCAUUGCUGAGCUAAAAUCCGACGACUGGAGUUACUUGGUUCCCAUGACAGAGCUUAAGCCAGGAAACCCUGCUUCCGGCCACAACUAUUUUCUUGUCAAUUCCCAGCAGAGAUGGACUCAUAUCAGACUCAACAUUUUCCCAGAUGGUGGAAUUGCACGACUUAGAGUAUUCGGUACUGGACAAAAAGACUGGACUGCAACUGACCCCAAAGAACCUGCAGACCUAGUGGCCAUCGCUUUUGGGGGUGUCUGUGUAGGAUUUAGUAAUGCUAAGUUUGGGCACCCAAACAAUAUAAUAGGAGCUGGCGGGGCAAAGUCUAUGGCGGAUGGUUGGGAAACUACAAGAAGGCUGGACCGGCCACCAAUAUUAGAAAAUGAUGAGAAUGGCAUUCUCUUGGUUCCGGGUUGUGAAUGGGCAGUUUUCCGAUUGGCACAUCCUGGAGUAAUAACUCGAAUUGAAAUUGACACAAAAUAUUUUAAAGGCAAUGCUCCUGACAGCUGUAAAGUGGAUGGGUGCAUCCUGACAACUCAAGAAGAAGAAGACGUGAUCAGGCAAAAGUGGAUUCUCCCGGCCCACAAGUGGAAACCACUGCUUCCAGUGACCAAGUUGUCUCCCAACCAAAGUCAUCUGUUCGAUAGCCUGACCCUGGAGCUCCAAGAUGUCAUCACUCAUGCCAGGCUCACCAUCGUCCCCGACGGGGGGGUGAGCCGCCUUCGGCUCCGGGGCUUCCCCAGCUCCAUCUGCCUCUUGAGGCCCCGGGAGAAGCCCAUGAUGAAGUUCUCGGUGGGCUUCAAAGCAAAUCCUUAACACACACAAAGCCCCGGUGUCGGACACACAGCAGUAAUUUCCCAGUCAUAGUCUUCUUUUCAAGUGUUUUGAACACCUGGUGAUUUAAUAAAGUGGUCAUCUCACAAA